GCUAAAGUAUCGAUCGAGUAUUGAGACAAUCGUUCAUUGAAUGAAGUUCAUUCAUUGGGUUGAUGACAGCAAACAUCAAACUGAUUGUCUCUUAAUUUGUUUUAAUCAUAAUUUGGUUUAAAUCCAUUCUUCAAAUUGAGAAUCACAAUGGGUGAAUCGAGAGUUUUGUUUUCUCUUGGUGGUGAAUUAUGGCCUGAAGAAGAUGAUGACGAUCAAUCAUGGGAAGAUAAAUCUUGUAAAAGUGAUAAAGGUAAACAAGUUAAAGGAAAAGGCGAAGAGGAAGGUCAGUUAGCUGGUAAUCACCAUCAUCAUCAUUCUCAUCGUCAUCAUUGGAGAAAAAACUCAAAGAGUAAAACAGAAAAACAACAACCUUUACCACCUGAGCCACCGCCAGUUUCCAUUGGUACAGAAAAACUCACAUCACCAGAAAAAGAUGCAUCUACAGAAGAACCGCCAACAAGUAAAUUAGGACAAGAAGUGCCAAUAAAAGAUGAAAGGAUUCUACUGAAAAUGAAGAAGAUUAAAAAACGUUCAGGAGAUGAAGAUUAUUACGAUUACCAAAUUACUGACCAAAAAGAAGAUGAUGACAAGAGACCAUCUAAAAAGAAGAAGGAGGUUGACGAGGCUGCUAAAUUACCGAAUAACGUUGGUAAUACUAAUUGUAGCUCUACAACUACCAAUAAUUCAACUGGCGAUUCUGUCUCAGUAAAAUCAAGCCAAUUAAUUUUGAAAGAUUUUUUUGAAACCGUUGAUGAAUCAAAUCAAGUACAAACAAUCUUACCCAAUGAGAUUUUGGUCAAAAUAUUUGAGUUUGUUGUACAAGAUGAAUCAAAAGUGAUGAUUAAUCUUCUUAAUUUAUGUCGUGUUUGUGAAACUUGGAGACAAAUUAUUUUAUCAUCACCCAAAUUGUGGAGAUCAGUUGAUCUAAGUGAAUUCAAUAAGAAACCAAGUGAAACCGAGUUAGCACAACUUUCAUCUCUUCUCGUCAACACAAGUUACCUUAAUUUUACUGGUUGGGAAUAUUCAUUGACCCUUCCCUGUCUUGCUCGUAUUUUAACAACUUGUGGUAAAUCAUUGACCAGUAUCGUUCUGAGAGGUUGUUACACUGUUGAUGGAGCCUUUCUUGAUCUUCUCUCCGAUGAGUGCCCAUUAUUGGCAGAGAUUGACCUUUCCCGAACUUCUCCAUCAGAUCAAACCAUCAAAAAAGGUCGAAACUGCAAUAAGGUCAAAAAAACAUCUUAUCCUUUAUUUCCUUCGUUCCAAAAUUAUUUAGCCAAAAAUGGUUCCAAAUUAAAAUCUCUCAACUUAUCUGAGAAUAAGAUAAAUGGUUUGACCCAUGUUUUCACCGCCAUAACUAAAUAUUGUCUUGAUCUCAGAUCUUUGGAUUUAUCUAAUAUACAAUCAUCAUCAUCAUUUUUACUUCGAGUCGAUACCCUACAAGAAUCAUGUCCAAACCUUCAAAUCCUUCGACUUGGUAACAUUUUCAUUCAACCACCUAAAAGUGGAAACGCUCGCGGUUUUCCUAAAUUGGAAGAACUUAGUAUUCCGUGCAAUAAUUCUGACCAUGGUUACAGCGAAUCUGUAAUCAGUAGUUUAACUAAAGACGCUGAGAAUCUGAAGCUUCUCGAUAUUCGCGGUUCACCUCGAGUUACAGCCAGUUGCAUAAUUAAAAUUUCAGCCUGGAAUCUGCAACAUUUGGCAAUCGAUAACUGUAGUACAAUUUUCUCCACUGGUUUGGAAAAUAUAAUUAACAAGUGGAAACACAGCUUAAUCGAGUUGGAUAUAUCGCACAAUCUUCAUCAAGAAGGUAUUUCCGAUGCAUUGGAAGCUCUUUCAAGUGUAGAGAACUGUCCACUUACCGCAAUCACCCUUCGUGGAUCAUCAGUUCUCUUUAAUUCAAUUGAAAAACUUCUGAGAAACUGUAAAAAUUUGAGACUAAUCGACCUUCAAUCAUGUCGUGCGUUACCUCGCGGCACAAAACGCGUUUUUGUUGGCGAAGAGGUUGUUGCAUUUCGCAAUGACAUUAUCAAUGGUCGAUACAAAGAUUUUGAUCAAUAGUACAAAAUGUUAUCACAACCUCGUUCUUUAUCAUAAUAUAUAUUAUAUAUACCCACCUAUUCACCUAACAAUUAACCAUGGAAAUCAAAUUAUUCAUCAACCAUGGAUUAUUUCUGUGUUUUAACAAUAAUCAUCAUUUUAUGAUUUGUUGACAACAAAACCAUUUUAACAAUAAUUUAACAAAAUCAACAAUUUGAAAUAAUGAUAAAUAUAAUAUUAUAUAGAAAGCAUUUAAUUGAAAUAAAAACACAGUGCAAGGAUUGACAAAAUUUUACAAUUAAAACAAAACAAUAUCCAAUUUUGUUGAUCGUUUUGAUUAACCUGAUUGGAAAUUAAAUCCCAAUCAAA